GAAUCGAGAGUUGGGGCUGCGCUAGAGUGGGUCUCAGACCAGGCCAUCAUUCGAGCUCGAGUGAUUCAUGGUGCCGCACCACCGCUCCAAAGUCGCAGCAACUGGAAAGUCGCGCUCGCCACUUGGCUGCUCCCGGCGAUGAAAAGUACGUUCGGUCCGCGUCCGAAAAGGUGUCAACGUAGUCAGAACGUAGUGGAAAAACCGGAUGCAAAACUAAACUCACAAACUGUUAAUUUCUAAAGCAAAACGGUGUAUGUGCAGUUGGUGGAUAUGCCAGUGGUGGGUCCAGAUCGAGAUCCAGAGCAGAGGGAAGCCACAAUAAAGCCCGGGCGAGAAAUCAAACGAUCGGCAACACAACAAGCACUCAACGCACAUUAACGCAAAACGCUUCAAAUUAACACUGAACGCUAAAUACAAUAAUACGAAAAAUACAAAAACAGCAAGAAAACAAAACCCCCAAGCCAUGGAUACAAAGCCAACUACUAAACGGGCCGAAAUUGAACAGUUUCUGUUGGAACUGACGAUCCUCUCCAUCUCCAUUGCAGAUGUUCGCGCCCAUUUCCGAGCCUCGCUGGAGACCUCGGAGUACGAGAACGCCUCAAAUCUCUUCCAUGUUACGGCCGCCGAACAAACCGCCGCUCUCCUGGCCCGCUGUGAGAUUCUUCUGGCCUCGGGAUCUGGAGUUGGUUGCGCCACAGACGAGCAGGCGGCAUCCAAACGGCUAAGUAGCCUGGUGGACUGCGUCGACAGCAAGGUGGGCGCGGAUACCGGUCCCACUGGCCCCAACUACCUGCCGAUGUUAACCUCCCCGUCCUCCUCGAAGAACUCUCUGUCCGCAUCACGAGAAUACAUAGAUCUUGGGAGCAGUGGCUCACUGGACCGCUGCUCCACCGGCCAACCGGUUAUGGGAUCAGCCGAAAAGGAGCAGCACCAACUUUACGAGAUCUGCCAGACCCAAGAUACGAGGUUGGGACAGGACGAAGACGAAGCCCAGCAGGUUAUCACAUUCACCCACGAGUUGAUCCUCGAUUGUCCGUAUGCAGAUCUCCCGGCAGGACAUUUGGCACUGCAGCGUUCCACCAAAUACGGGCAGCUGCAGAGGAUCGUUCCCAAGCGACUGUUCUUCGAUCAGACCCGCAAGUGUUAUUGUGGAAUCCUCAACGACUGGAUGCUGUGCUAUGCAGACGGACCGACUUCCUGCCGGCCUAGUAGCACUCUCUACCUGAAGUGCUCCUCCAUCGAGAUCGAGCACUUCGGGGAGGGCAAGCGGCGCGAGAUCUGCUUCCAAAUAACCACCGAUGACCCCAACAAAAAGUUUGUCUAUCAGGCCAACAACGAGGUCGAUGCCAAAGAGUGGAUACACGCCAUCGAGGCGGCCAUCCGCGGAGAUGCAAGGGCGCAUACUCCCCUAAAGCUUCCACCUCCCCGGAAGCUGCCCACACCUCCCGUUCAGAAGAAGGCUGGCUACACACCAGCGGAUAUUAUUUACGAAGAGCCCUCUCCGAUCUAUGGGUUGAUGGACUCUUCGUCGACAAUGGUGCUGCCCAAGCUGCCGGAAAAAAACAACAGUCCCAGCGCCCUGGCACGUCGAUUCGAGUACGAUGUACCCAAAUGUCCUGCUCAGCCGCUGGAGGAAUCCAAUGGUUCGGGCGCAGUAGAGGGGGAGUCCCUGGGGCUGCUCAACCUAGAGCAGGGUGAGCAGGUGAAGUUGCAACCGCAACCGUCCAGCUUGCAUGGCAAUCUGUCGCUGGACUUUCAGGCCAAAGUCAAGACGGUGCACAGCGAACUGUCGAACCAGCUCUCCCCGGGAGGACCCAGUCCGGAUCGCUUAAAAAAGGCUGUGAAGAAGAGCUACUCCAACGGCAGUGGCAGCGAGCCGGAGAUGCUCUCCCCGCUAACCAGCCCCACCCACACACCCACAAAGGAGCAGAAGAAGCAGCGCAAGGACAGCAAGGACUGCGACAAACUGGCCAGGAACUGGUUCCUCAAUCGCCUUAACAAAAGCACUGGAAUGAAGGUCACCAAUUCGGGCAGUGGAUCGCCAGCAAACGGGAAAUGCAAGCAAAGCGAAAAAGAGAACCUUCUGACUGAUCCCGAUCCAGGCGAGUGCUACGAACCCGGCAGUUCUCCGGGCGACCGAGAUGGCAGUCUGUCCGGCAGUCACCCCACAUCACCCUGCCUCAAGGCUGAGGCCCAAAGCAAAGUCAACAGGAUCAUCAACCAGUUCGAGAGCAGCGGUCACCUGUCCACCAUGUUCAGUGUGGAGGCACUGGCUGCCAAUGCGCUCGCCUCGCUCACCUCCUUCUGCGAUGGCGACGGGUGCAACAACUACGAACCCAUCAUGCCCCUGGCCACCACGCCCAGCAGCUUCCUGAAGAAGGUCUAGGCCAAGGCCCUCUUCCGACAUGGCGUCUCUGUAUUGUAGAUUUAAUUCUUAGGCUAGUGAAACCACUCUCCGGAUGUGACAUCAACUUUGACAUAAAAUUUUAAUAUCAAAACAAUGGU